AUGGCCUGCAUCGGUGUUUGUCUUGGAGAUGAUCCGCCGAUCUGCCCGGCAGCCACCCCAACCGGCGCUCCUCAUUUCCUCCGGCCGAUCCCUGCAGAUCUCUGCAGUGCCACAUCCCUCCAUCCCAUCCGAAUCUGCAAUUUGCCCAGCGUUGCCCGCAAUCAGAUCAUCGAUGUCGUCAUGAGCCCUGAUCUCAUGUAG